CCUGCAGGAGGUGUGUUCAUCAAGAGGAGGGUCCUCUCGGCCAACAAGGACCAGCUGGGGCGCCACGAUUUCUGGGGCGAACUUCUCUUCGCCAAGCAGGACCUCAGCAACCGGACCUUCAAGGCCGAGGUGAACGGGACCGAGUACGUGGUCACGCUCUCGGGCCGCAUUCCGGUCGCUACCGAUGACGUCGCUGCCCCCGAGCGCAUGGCGAUGGCCUCCCGCCUUCUUAAAACGGUCUUUGCGAGGCUGAAGUUCAUCCGGAUUAGGGACUCGAUCUACGACCCCACGCACCCCCUCAUCUUUCAAGACAUGAGGGCGUUCCCCGGCUAUUCAACGAACAUAGACCUAUUCCACAGCGGGCUCAUGCUCAAUGUGGACACCUCGUACAAGUGGGUGCAGACAAGGAGCAUUCUCGAUUUGCUCGUGUUGCACCAGCGCGACCGGGCGAAGCAAAACCAGCUGGUGGCGAAUCAGUCAGUCAUUACCAACUACACGGAUAAGCGCGGAGACUACCGCUUCUACCGCGUGUCGUCCAUCGACUUUGACAAAACCCCGGCGAGCACCUUUCCGCGCAGGAAGAGGAGGGAGCACAAGUACGCCGAGGCCGAAGAGGAGCUCAUCUCCUUCUACGACUACUACCAAGAGACGCAUGGCAUCACGAUCCGCCACAUGGAACAACCGCUCCUCAAGGUAGUCGAGAAGAGAAGGCGCCCGACCGACGGAGUCCAGGUCGAGGAGAUCAUCUACCUUGUGCCCGAGCUCUGCGUCCUGGCCGGCAUGACCGAAGAGAUGCGCACCAAUGGCCAAUUGCGACGCAAGGCCAUGGAGGCCACUGGACCAGGGCCAAGAGAGAGGAUGAAUAGUCUGAUAUCGCUGGUGAAGAAGCUGCAGCCGGGCCACCAGAUUCCCGACAGGGCAAAGCCCGGAGAAAUGAUCGACCCUGGCGCCAUUCUCGCGGACUGGGGCCUGCAUGUCGAGAGCGAGCCUCUCGCUGUGCAGGGGCGCCAGGUCCGGCUUGAAACGUUGCGUAUUGGUGCAAAAGCUCCCAAGCCCUUGGGCGGAAAGAGUGAAUGGCGCGACCUCUACGGGAAACCGCCCUCAGGCGGUGCUCCGCCAGAUACCAGCAGCACGGGCCUGUUGAGGCCCAUGUCGCUCAACGCAGCAAACUGGGCUCUGUUUUACACUCAAAGGCAAGAGUCCGACGUAAUGAACAUGAUGAAGGCGUUCCAUACGUGGUGUGGUGUGAACAGGAAAGCAGAGCGCGAGGGCAAGCCAAUCAAGAUGUUCCAGGUCGUUCUGGAGAGUGCCAGUGAGGUGGUCUACAAGAGCAUCAAGGCCGUGAUGGCCUCCAAGCCUGUGCAGACGCAGUGUGUGCAACAGAGAACGAUCAAGCCACAAGCAGGCAUCGAGUCCAAAGUCAAGGGCCUCCUCCAACAAAUGGUGUGCAAGCUUGGUGGAGCUCCAUGGGGGGGGUCUGUCUUGGCACUGACCGCCACACUUGACGCGGGUUUCACUAGCUACUUCUCUGACGUAUCUGUGCAAGCACCGGUAAUGGCUUCUAGCAUUGCUGAAAGCUUUGACAAAGCACUUCGCGCAUUCAAGGAGGUCAAUCCUAAGUACCGGCCCAGGCGCAUCAUCAUCUACCGCGACGAUCCCGGUGGUCGUGGGUCUCUCGACGCUCUGCUGGAAAACGAGAUUAAGCCGAUCCAGGCAGUCCUUCAAAAGAGGGACCUCAAGAUCAACUUGGCCAUCAUCGUGGUGAGGAAGCGCGGCCUCGUUCGCCUGUUCACGCGCAGAGAUAUGAACAACCCGCCGCCCGGAACGAUUGUGGACGUGGGAGUCGUGUCGCGAGACUACGAUGACUUCUAUCUCAUCGCGCACAGCUCUCGCAUGGGCACGGUGAAGCCCACACAGUAUCAGAUCGCGUAUCGCACGCCGGGGGAGGACAAAUCACUCACGGCCCAGAGCCUCCAGCGCCUUUCAUUCAUGCUGUGCCAUCUCUACUACAACUUCAUGGGCACCAUAGCAGAGCCGGCUCCUCUGCGCUACGCCGACCGGCUGGCGAGUCUCAUGACGCAGGUACUGGAGAACAGGAGAAUGCCGCGUGCCGAACUCUCCACUAGCCUUUACUACCUGUAG